GAGUACCAGCAGAAGGUCGACGACGAGUUCUGCAUCGACAACGACUACCACCUGAAGUACCUGGCCAACAAGGGGGUGUGGCGAGUCAAGAGGAACGCCUUCAACGAUAGGGGCGACCCAGGCUCUAUCUCUGACAGGGAGCGAAGUGUGUCUGCCAUCGGCGUGCUCGACACCAAGGUCGCGUGGCUCGUGCAGGACGAGAACCCCAGCAACAAAGGGGGCGUAACGUCGAUCCACUCUGCGACUCUCAUCAGCGGCCUCCAUAGGGCUUACAUCAGUGACCAUGGCAGGAACAACGAGCAGGUGCAGAUCGCGAUCGCUAAUGGGAUGAAGCACUGCAAGCUAUACUCUCGUCGUAUCUACGAGUUCCCCGAAUGCCUCGUCAAUCUCAAGGACCUCGGCAACAUCGCGAACGACAUUCGGACAUCGACGCCGCCGCUGGAGGCAUGGAGGUCCACAGCAGCGGUCGAGACAGAGUUCAAGAAGCAGACCGAGGCGAAGCACUGGGCGAUGCAGGCAGUUGGUGGCCAGAAGAAGUGGAGGUACAUGAAGUGUGAGAUCGCCGAGGCGCUCUUCAAGGGUCGCUGGGCCAACCCGAAUGCCUACGAGGUGUGUGCGAGGAGCUACAACUUCCUGACGAAAGCCUUCCACCCCGACGAUGCCAAGCACCCCUACCUGAUCACCCCGAACCCAUAUGCUGGGAAGAGCUUGUGGGACGAGCUGCAGCGCAAGCCAUCCGCCUAUGCCGACUUCAGCAAGAUGCCGGCCUCGCAGAUGGUGAACGUCUUCCAGGUCGCUGCCGACGUUUUCAGGCUCAUCAAGGCCGAGGUGGGCUUCAUGGUGGAUAUCGUCAUGUUGACCAUCCCGAGUAUCUCCGACGAGGGCCUCAAAUCGCUCGAGCAGCCGAUGGGUGCGAACUCGGGUGUGCAGGUGGAGGUGGCCAAGAGAAAGCUUCUGGAGGCGACCAAGGCUGGGGAGCUCGAGAACAGCGUGGAGCAGAUGUCGGUGGUCCCCGAGGAGGCGAAGGAUGACUCCAUCGAGCCCGAGGUGUGCGAGCAGCAAGCCUUCGCCAUGCACCUUCGCGAGCAGUUCGCCUACUUGACGAAGCUGGACACGGGUGGGAGGCAGAAGAACAAGAUCAACACCUUCUACACCAUCGCGCUCUGUGGUAUAUGUUCGCAGUCGGUCCCCCUCUUCAUCAACAAAAAGGCCAAGCAGAUCAGCGAGUGCGACCAGGACCACAUUGACAUCAUGAAGGACAUCGAGGAGGCCACCGAUGACCCCACUACCUUGGAUUCGAUCGCGAACGAGACCAUCCAGGCGAAUAUGGAAACCUUCAAGGAUAUCGCUGGCUGCAUCGCUUCGUUCCUGGAGUCGGCGAGGCCUGAGACAGUGCCAGUCGUGGCAUCGGUCCAUGCUGGGGAGGUCAUGAACUCUGCCAUGCUCGCCUUGCUGCAGAAGGUGACCAAUAGCGGUGGCUUCUUCGAGAGUCACAGGGAUGCUUGCAUGGAGCUCGCCAGCAUGAUCUGCAGCGAGGUGUUCGACAUCAUCCCGUCCUCGUGGGACAUGUGCUCAGACUUCGUCUGGAAAGUUGUGGAGGCAGAUAAAGCGACUGCCUUCGCUGGGGCGCUCUGGACGAUCUACGAGCAGUUAUCCAAGUUCGGCAACGUCUCCGACAUGCUGGCCAAGGUUCGCAUCUCGACCUUCGCCCACUGCCUGAAGUCGCUGGGCAUGCAGCGCUUCAACUGUCGGGACCCUACUUCGCACGAGAUCAAGCAGCUCGUGUACCUGCCAGACAUCGUCGCACAUAUCACCGACCAGCUCUACAGUGACUGCGGCUGGACGAAGAGUUCUGUCAGGGAGAGUGGGCCGACAGUAUUCCAGCAGUCCAUGGCGAGGAGCUCGGCCACAGAGAUCGAGUUCGUCAAGGACUGCUACAGCAAGGCCUUCGACAUGUGGGAGUUCUGUGUGGCCAAACAUGGCUAUGGCUUUCGCGACAAGCGCAG